GGGGUUGGGUGCUAACUCUCUGCAGGGGGUUCGUGUGGAACUAGGUGACGCUCCAUCUGUGUGUGUUAACAGAGGUAAUGAGGUUGGCAAAAGAGAAAGAAUCCGCUUUACACACAGCCUUCAUCUGGCAGCAGAGAAAAUGAUCUCAGAUGAUGAUGAGUCUUUCAUGAGGGGGCGACUAGUGAAGAGUGUGUGGAGCUUGUGCGUCUCCGCGGGAACUGCUGGGAGUGAGACAGUGCGCUGGUGCUGAAAGGACAGCUCCUCUCUGUCCUUCUAUCCUUCUGUCUCUGUCAGGCGCUGGCACAAGAAGGGGCUGGUCAAGGAGAGGGCACAGCUUCCUCCUCCACCUCAGGCAGCGAUCUACUCACACUUUCCCUUUAAUACACCCGCCUUCUCCUGGGCUCCGCGAUGACUCACGCAUUCAAUUAAAACUCAAUACAGGAGAUCUGGAAUCCCCAAUUUAUGCGGGAACGCGCGGUUUAAUGGCUACCGCCUGUUGUUAGCCUGACUUCUUCUGUGGUUAAAGCCAAAGCAAGGAUGAAGAGAAGCUCCAGAGGGGUCAGGGCGGGAGAGAGGGAGAGAGCUGCCUCGUCACUUACAGGGAAACAGUCCAACAAGUAGUUUGCACUUGGUGGCUGCUCGGCGUCGCUUUUGCUCUUUUCGUGCCAACUGGAAAUCGUCUGGCAAACACCUGAGCCACUUUAUUAUAAGCACUUAGCCUACUUUCACCUGCCCCUCUGUUCGCGACAUGUCGGAUUCAGAGCAAUGGGUAAGAUCGACGAGAACGAGAAAAUAAUCCUGAACGUCGGGGGUACGAGACACGAGACUUACCGAAGCACCUUAAAGACAGUGCCCGGGACUCGCUUGGCUCUACUUGCCUGUGAUGCUCCCAGUGACCAGAGGCUGGACCAGCAGACAGUGUCGGGCUCCUUCAACAUCACCUCCAGAGGCAAUGAAUUCUUCUUCGACAGACACCCCGGAGUAUUUGCCUAUGUACUCAACUACUACCGCACCGGCAAGCUGCACUGCCCCGCUGAUGUGUGCGGGCCCCUCUUUGAAGAGGAGUUGGCAUUUUGGGGCAUUGAUGAGACGGACGUGGAGCCCUGUUGCUGGAUGACCUAUCGCCAACACCGGGAUGCAGAAGAAGCUUUGGACAGCUUUGAAAAUCCCGACCUGAUCACAGGGGAACCUCUAGAUGAAUAUGAGGAGGAGUUGGGGAAGAGACUGGCAAUUGAGGACGUGGUGUGUCCCGAUGGCAAGGUUGGGCGUUGGAGAAGACUAAGGCCUCGCAUAUGGGCUUUAUUUGAAGAUCCCUAUUCUUCCAGAGCCGCCCGGUUCAUCGCCUUUGCUUCCCUGUUCUUCAUUCUGGUAUCUAUAACAACCUUUUGCUUGGAGACUCAUGAAGCAUUUAAUACCAUCAUUAACAAAACGGAAACUGUAAACAAUGGUACAGAAUUAAUCUCAUUGAUUGAAAUAGAAACUGAUCCAGCCUUGACGUAUGUGGAAGGAGUAUGCGUGGUUUGGUUCACAUUUGAGUUUUUAGUACGUGUCAUUUUCUGCCCUGACAAACUUGAAUUCAUCAGAAAUCUUUUAAAUAUAAUAGAUUUUGUGGCAAUUCUGCCCUUUUAUUUGGAAGUUGGACUAAGUGGGCUUUCCUCCAAAGCUGCUAAGGAUGUUCUCGGGUUCCUCAGGGUUGUAAGAUUUGUUCGCAUCCUUCGAAUUUUUAAACUGACCCGCCAUUUUGUAGGACUUAGAGUGCUGGGGCACACACUUCGUGCGAGCACUAAUGAAUUUUUGCUCCUUAUUAUUUUUUUGGCUCUGGGAGUCUUGAUAUUUGCCACAAUGAUCUAUUACGCUGAAAGAAUAGGUGCCAGUCCAAGUGAUCCAUCGGCAAGUAAACAUACACAAUUCAAAAACAUUCCAAUUGGAUUCUGGUGGGCUGUGGUAACUAUGACUACCCUGGGAUAUGGGGAUAUGUACCCUCAGACUUGGUCAGGGAUGUUGGUAGGAGCAUUAUGUGCUUUGGCUGGUGUACUUACAAUAGCAAUGCCUGUCCCAGUCAUUGUUAACAACUUUGGAAUGUAUUACUCACUUGCUAUGGCAAAACAGAAGCUUCCAAGGAAAAGAAAGAAAUACAUUCCUCAUGCUCCUCAGGCUGGAUCCCCUACUUUCUGCAAGAUGGACCUAAGUAUUGGAUGCAAUAGCACACAGGUAGACACAUGUCUUGGAAAAGACAACAGACUGAUGGAACACAACAUGUCAGGUGAAGACAGUUCAGGAAGUGACCAGCCACUUUCCCCUGGUGAAAGAUAUCCUAUAAGACGUUCUAGUACCCGCGAUAAAAACAGAAGGACGGGAACUUGUUUCCUACUGACCACAGGUGAAUACACGUGCAAUACAGAUGGAGGUAUACGGAAAGGAUAUGAGAAAUCCCGAAGCUUAAACAACAUAGCUGGUCUGGCAGGAAAUGCUCUAAGACUGUCUCCAGUAACAUCACCGUACAGCUCACCUUGUCCUCUAAGGCGCUCUCGAUCACCCAUCCCAUCUAUAUUGUAAUGGAUUUUACAAGAAUUGACUAAAUAGAAAUCCCUUUAAGCACUCUUUGCCUCAUGAUGGAAAAAAAGAAAUCUCACAACAGCUGUAGCCUAUAUCAUGAACAGAAAUGUCCAACUUGAGGGUCUCAUCCCAUGCUGAAAGUUGUAGAUCAACAUCUGCUGGGCGUCUCAGGUUGAACUUCCUUCACCUAGACAAUGUUAUCAGUGGGUUGUUUUAAAUGUAAAUGUUAAGAAACACAGUUUGGUCAGCAGAUGAUUUCCUUAUCCCAGUUAUUAAAAUGUAUCUUAAGGUGUUUCGACAUAUGUACCGACUGAUCAUUUCCCUCUGGCAAUACAAAAUGAGGUUUAAAAGUUGAUCUACUGGCCUGUUACCUUAAUAAAAAAAACAUAUAUUUUGAGGGAAAUGCAGCAAUAUCAAUGUGCUUCCAAAACACACCAUUGAAGAUUUAUUUCUUGUGAGUUUCUGACUCAUUCCGAAGACCACUGGAAUUCUGUCUUUAUCACUUGCAGUGUAACCGAUUCGACCAUUUGCAUGGGCCAUUCCAUCUACACAUCAUUUUAACGCAAUGUUGCAGAGUCCCGGGGCUGCUAAAAAGCUCUGAAAAUAUGCUUGGCAUCGCAUCAUUUGCUAAUCAGUUGUCCUGCCAGUAGUUUGCUUUUUUUAUUUUUUUUUAUUCCACAUUAUCACAGUUUGAAUUUUAGCUGAAUUGAUUAUUUUAUAAUAUGCUAAAAAUCUUGUAAUAGCGUUCCGAAUAUCUCUGGUUGUUUGCACACAGAUAACUGCAAAGAGGUUGUCAUUACUGGUUACACGCAAGCAGAGGCCAGAUCUCUUUCAUAAUGGCUUGGGAAGGCACAAUGUGACAAAAAGGUAAAUGCCAUCCAGGCUUGCAUUUCUAAGCUGGCAGGUCUUUUCUUACACCAGGGUUCUUCAACAUUUUCACAGGCCUAAUUAUUAUAAGAUUUAGAAAGAUUAUUAAUCAAUUUAAGAGGGCAAUGAUUCAUCAAAGUACCUUUUGACCAGCCUUAAACAUCUAGAAUUUUUGCAUAUAUUGUAUCUUAAAUCAGCGUCUGUUUUUUCCUUUUUUUUCUUAGUUAAUGAUGUUUGUCUUAUGUGUUCAUGUUGGUUUGUAUAACCAGUUGUUUAAAAUGUUUCAUCCACUUCUUUCCAAACACUGUGCCCAUGCAAAUGAACUUUGGUUGCAUUCUUUUAUUUAAUUUCUCUUGCUGUCUUUAAUGUGCUUUGAGUCUGAUUGAUGAUGUACUGGACUGAAUAACACAGGUACAUAUUCCUUUACUAUUAUUUAGUAGCAAACAUAUUUUUUAUUAUUAUUUAGUGCAAGUCUUUCUUUCUGGCUAUCAGCACUUCAAUGUAAAGAACCCGAUAGGAUGUUUUGGGCUGGUAAUGAAUACAAUGGGCUCAUAAAAAUAAAGGAAUAAAAAUACAUGACCCUUGAGAUUGUUGAAUAAUCCCUGAUAAUUCUGGUAAUCUCUUAAAGUGGACCUGUCACCCAGACACAAAAAUCUGUAUAAUAAAAGUCCUUUUCAAAUUAAACAUGA